GCAGGUAGACGCGAUUCGCACAUAACAGCAAUAGCAGCAACGAAAACGUUGUUUGAUUUUUCUUUUGUUUUUGUUUCGUUUUCUGCAAGAUUUUACAGUUGUGUUUUAGUGUGACUUAUCGACAGUCGGUGAUAAAAGUGAAGACAAAACACGUGCCACCAAAGAUGGCGCGCAUUCAGUGAUUUCAACGUCCGAACUAAAGAAAAAAAACAUCUUGACAAUAUGUCAGAUCGUGAAUUCGUUGUUGUGAUCGAAAGAAUUCCAUCGAUUAAUACGCACAAACACACAAUUCAUUUUAGCUAGUUACGAAUUUCGGAAGGACCAACAAGAAAAAAGAACGAGUGGAACGCAGAAAAAAAAACAAAAGAAGCACUAGGAGCGUUCGUGCGUUCAACAGAGACCUUGAAAAAGAAAAAGACGGGAAGAAAGAGAGGGAGAAAAGAAAAAAAGAGUUUUUUUUUUGUUGAAACAUUUCACGCAGUCAAGAAAAAAAAAUCUGAGUGAAAAUGCCCAAGAUUUUCGUGUUGAGAAAUCGUUUGCAAGAGCAACAGGCUCGUUUGUUGGAGACGCAGCGAGGCCAACAGAAGAUCCGGUCGGACGAAUUGUCCAAUGAUUUCGAUGGGCUGCAAGAUCAACCCGUGGCUUUGAUUGUCGACAGAAAAUCGGAUAUCACCGCCGCUGUGGCCGCCAUUUCUCUUUCGGCUUCGACUUCCGACAAGGAUAAUUGCCCACCACAACAGCCCGAUCAAGCAGAAAAAAAUGAAGAAACACCGGUAGCGGAAAAAGAGAAAGAACUGCAGCAAGAAAAUGAAAAAGAGGAGGAGGAGUCGAUAGUGUCGCAACAACCGGGAUCCGGAAGGAGGUACUUGCCUUUCUUUGCUCAUCUGCAAAAGGACCAGAAACAAUUGCCGGAGGUGUCGGCCGUGGUUAGCGAAGAUGAACCGACCACGCCCGGACCGUUGCGCUACGUCUCCGUCAUCCAGAGGACGCCUCUCUUCCGUCCGCGCGAGCCCGAAGCGGAGAAGAAGCGGGACGUGCCUCAGCCAUCGCCCAAGCCGAAAAAGGAGCCGCACAGCGACGACAAAACGGAAGAAGGACGAGAUGAAACGGGCGAAGAAGACGAUGCGGCGUUGCCAGUUCAAGAGGCGCCCAUCGAUUACCACGUGCCCAGGGCUAAAUCACCUGAAACGAUGGACGAGGCGGAAAGAACUCGCGGGGACGUGAGAGAAACGGCUGCAUCCGCCAGACGUCGGGCUCGCGAAGCGGCCGAUAACGGAGCCAUCGACAUGCGAUGCGUCCGUCCGCGGCUUUCCGCAUCGCCGAGGCGCCGCGGAGGCAAUCACCACGACGGCAAACCGAUGGAUGGCGAUAACGGCUGCGGAGGAGGCGGCAAUGGCGGCGGAGGAGGCAAUAAUGGCGGAGGUGGUGGUGGAUACAACAACAACAACGGCGGAGGCAGAUCGUACCAAAUGGGCGGAUCUGGCGGAGGCGGAGGGAUGUCCGGCUUUGGCGGCGGAAGCGAUUCGGGUAACGGCGGAGGCAAUGACAAUCACUUACCGUACGGAGAUGGAUCGCUACCGCUGGACGGUUGCGGCAACGAGUUCGACUACACUCGACUGGAACAGUUGGGUCCGCUUCCCUCAUUGAACGACGUCCUACCAUCCAUGAGAUCCUUUCAUCCCAGCCUCUACGCCCGACUCCAAGAGCCGCCUCGUUACGUCAAUCCGCCAGACUUGGAUCGGCCGCCUGGAGGUGGCGGUGGCGGCGGAGGAGGAGGAGGUACCGGAAGUAAUAGCGACCUAGAAGCCACCUUGACAUCGCUGACGUCGCUAACAAACCUGAACCCGUUCAACGCGAAUCUUAACCUCUACGGUAAUUACUCGCAAAAUGCCUACAAUUUCACCGCUUCCGGUCACGGACCCGUCACUGCCGCUCACACACCAAAUUCUGGCGGCGGACCAAGCCCCUGCGGCGGGACCCAGGCCGAUUUAUUCGAACUGGCCAACGAUCCCGACAUGUGCGCCGACGACCAAAACUCCUUCUGUCCGGAUGUCGACCAGAUUACCGGACUCCAAUUGAGUUUCCCCGUCGAGUCGGGAGUUCACGUGAUUCCCGAACACCACCUGGCAACGCCGCAACAGCAGCAACAGGACCGGUUGUAUCAUCACCAACAACAGCAACAACAUGAUCAACAACAUUCUCGAGUGUACGCAACGUCACCUGGCGGCUAUUCAUCGGUUUCUCAGAGCCACCGUCGAGGUGGAUCGCCCACCGAUUCCGACGGCCUUAGCGGCCUGGUCAAUUUCAGCCCGUCUGCCCUUUUGACGCCCCUCUCCAUCGACCAAUCGCCCUUGAUGGACGUUCAAUUUGGUUCGUCUCAGAUGUCACCUUGUUCCAUCAAUUCCUCCUCAUCGCCGGUACCUCAUUGCGAGUCUUCCGGUGGUGGGUUACUCAACCGAAGCCUUCACGCUCACACGCCGGCCCCUCAACACCACCAGCAGCAGCAGCAGACGAAUAACAAUAAUUCGGUCAUGUCCGUCGAUCAGUCGGACAACGAGUCCGUCUCAAACUUGCAAGUCCGUGUCUCUGUUCUCCAGCAACGGGACAUUUCCGUACAGCUGGGAUUACCUAAUGAUGCCCCCAUUGAAUUUGUUAAUGGCGGCCAUGGAAUUAAAAAUCCAUUGGUGCACGAUAAUGACGGCAAAGAUUCUACCCGCGAUGGAUUCGAAUCGGAUUCCUCAUCGCGGACUCAGAUCCGCAUGAAAUCGUCGAAGAGAGGCAGCGGUGGUAGAGACGGUGCUAUUUCGGCCUGUUCGUCUUCGACGGCUGCCGAUGGAAUGAACAACGGAGCCGAUCCCGACGACCCGUCCAAAUUCACCUGCCGACUCUGCUCCAAGAGUUUCACCUUGCAAAGGCUCUUGAAUCGGCACAUGAAAUGCCAUUCGGACGUCAAGCGCUACCUGUGCACCUUCUGCGGCAAAGGCUUUAACGACACCUUCGAUUUGAAACGACACACUCGCACGCAUACAGGUGUCAGGCCCUACAAGUGCGCCCUGUGCGAGAAAUCCUUCACGCAAAGGUGUUCUCUCGAAUCGCAUUGUCUCAAGGUGCACGGCGUCGCCCACCAGUACCAAUACAAGGAACGGAGAGCAAAGGUUUACGUAUGUGAAGAAUGCGGGCACACGACUAACGAGCCCGAGGUGCACUACGUCCACCUGAAGGAGAACCACCCUUACAGUCCGGCCUUGCUCAAGUUCUACGACAAGAGGCACUUCAAGUUCACAAACAACAACUUCACCAACAUGUUGCUUCAAGUCCGAUCCUAACAACAUACCAACAACAACAAAAAAGACAACCACUUUCAUAAUCAUAAUCAACCGUAUAUAGUAUCCUCUCCUCCUGUUAUGUUUUACACUCCUUUUUACACGACAGCAACACACACAACAUAUAACACGAAAUUUAUGAGCAAAUUGGUAUAUAGUGAUUUUUAUUUGCUCGGUAAAAAAAAAUGGAUGGUUUUCUAUUUUUUAUUUGAACGGUGGGGGGAAAAGAAAAAUCUCUAAAAUUAAAAAAAGGUACUACAUGUUAUAUUAUCCACUAUAUAGCAGACGCACAAACGUUUGUUCCUGUCUUUCCUUGUAAGUUAUCGUGUGUGUGUGUGUGUGUGUGUGUUUGGGACUGUUUGGAAGAAGGGCGGAGGGCGUUACACGGAAAACAUUGACUCAAACACGCACACACAUACGACACUGAUUUCUAACCUUAUGGGUUCUACGUAUAGUUUCCAUUUUGCGAUUUAAGCACUAAGCAGAAAGAUUUCUAAAACUUAAAAAAUGUCCUUCCAGCAUUGAAAAAAAAAAUAUCUAGGGGGGAAGCAGGUUAACUUAAACAACGAACACUUGAAACACGCAAUUACACAUUCACACAUACAAAAAACUACAGUUAAUAUUUUCUAUUUCAAAAAAAUCUGUUAUUGGGACCGCAUAUUUUCGGUGUGUUAAGAAAGCAAGAUGAGAAAAAAAACCUUUCUAAAGGAAUUCAGGGGGCUCAUGGCUAUUUUUCCGUUUUCUUUUUUUUUUCCAGUUUCAGUUUGUGUGUUUGUAUUUUUGUUUUACACAUAUCCCUUUUUCUCUCUAGUGGCUGUCGAGCAAUUUUUUUUUUCUAUUUGAUGAAACAGGUAUAAUGUUAUGUAUUUGAGGUGCGACUAUAUUCAUCUUUAUUUGUGUGAUCUUUCACUACCCCCUACCCCCCAUCAUCACGUUGAAAGAAAGUUAAUUGAAAUUUCGGUGUUACAAAAAAACGUGAAAAAAAAACGAAAAUUCGGAACCUUUUUUUUUUUUAAAUUUCGUGGACAUUGUUUAUUUCGGUUGUGGGGUUUGGCUACGCCAUCGUGGUGUGGCGAUUCGGGGGUGUGCAUUCAUGUUUGUACCGUGUAUGUGCUGCUGGGGUUUUUAUAUAGGGUCAGUGGAAUACGAUUCUACCGUUUUUAUGCAACCAAAUAAUUUAUAUAUUUUCCGCGCUCUUCUCCGCCUGGAUAAAAAUUCGCACAUCUUUUCUCUGUUUUAGUUGAUUUCCCCUCGUAUUUCGUUAUCUUCGUAGUUACACACACCGACCCUCCAAAACUUUUAUCACCCUGUUCUGAAAAAUCUUAGUUCUUCCCAUACACUUUAUUCUAAAUGAUCGCUCUGAUGAUUUAUCCUGCAUUUUUUUUUUGAAAAAAAGCUGUCACAAUCAUGUACGUCUCGUCAUAUUCUUUCGAAUAAUAAACACAUAUAUCU